AUGAAGAUUGUGAGCCACAAAUUCCGGGUCGGCAUGGAUGCGGUUAAAUCCAAGUAUCCUGGGAUAGAUUUUGCUGAGGUCUACCAGGACUUUCAGACUGGAAUCCUGGACAACAUUAUCAUGCACACCACGCAACCAGAGGUUGCGGCUCCAGCAUGGUCCUUCGUCCGAAAGUGCGUGGCUGCGGCGAAUCUGAACCAGCAGAACAUGCAUAUCCAAGCUGCUGAGGAAGCUGCUCGAGAGGCAUGCGCGGUCUUCAAGCGAAAAGAAUCUCAGAAGGAUGAUGUGGGCGCCCUGCUCCUAGCAGGCAUGCAGGCGUACAAAGCCGAUUUGAAAGCUUACUUCUUGAAGAUGAAAGCACUCAUGGAACGGCGUGAUGCGGACAUGACGCAGUUGACCGCUAGAAAGCUCGAUGGCCUCCAGCAGGCGCUAUCUCGGCAGAAGGGCAGCAUCCUCUCUGCAGUGCCAAGCUCCAGCGUGGCGACGCUGGGGUCUUCUGAAGGUGACUCCGUUUGCGUUGUGGUUACAUCUGCCGCAACACGGGAUCUCACGGUGGAUCUCUUGACAAGCCUGGUGGCUGCCUCGGAGCCCAAGGGCUGUGUUGUGGUUUGCUUACCUCCGGCAUGGCAUCCCGAAGCUCGGAAGGCAGAACUCAUCAUCGCGGAAACAAUGAUGAAGACCGCAGCAACCAAGCUGCCGCUGCAGUUGAAGCAGCUUGGCGCCCUCUCCUCCGCCGUAGUGUUAUUGAACCACGAGAAGCAAGAUGUUGCAGAACAAGCUUCAGAGCUGCUAAAAAUGUUGCUUUCCUCCACAGCCAUGAGAACGGGGGCUCUGAACCUAACUGCUGCGGAGGAGGAGAAGCAAGUCCUUGAGCUUCUCGAGGGCUUGAAUGUUUUGCGUGCCGGGAAGAUGUUGGCGGUGCUGGACAUGCGGGGGCGUUUUGCUCUCAAUUUGGCCCGGCUUUUGCUGCCAGCUCCCCUCAAGUGCAUAUCUGACAACGCAGACUUGCGGAACAGCUUGGAGGCGCUGGAAAAAUCGAAGUUGCAGAAACGCAUCCUCAUCAAAACGGACAGCGACUUUGCGCUGGACACGAUUGCUGCCCAGCUGCCCACCACUCCAGAAGUGCCGGAAAUCCUUGCGGCAAUGGCUGUGUCCACCGGCAAGGCAGAUUACCAGAACCACAUUAUCCUCGAAGCUAGCAACGCCAAGCCCAGCAGCGCCGGGCAAACCAGCAGCUCGGAGAUGAGUCCCAACAUGUUCCUGCCCGCAUGCCUGGCCCAGAGCCAGGCAUGCAUCCGGCAUGACGUUUGCCUGGCCAACAGCCUGGCGGUUCCAAACGAAAAGGGUCUGUUUGCCAUGCGUAAGUUCGAAAAGGGUGAUGUGAUCAUGGUGUUGCCUCA